AUGGAGAGCGAAGAGGAUGAGAUCAGAUGUAGGCUUCCUGAACUGUAUCAAAUAAUAGCUUCGUCUGCUAGAGGGAUAAACUGGUCUGAAGUCCAUGGCGAUUUAGAACAUCUUAACUGGCUUCACUUUGACAAGGCAAAAGCUAUGAAUAUAUUAGAAAAUGCUUUAGAAAUCAUUGAUUUGGCAUCCCUUACAGACUCAGAUGGGAAUUCGAGAUAUAAUAUUUUACAGCAUAAUAGGGUCAUUUUAUUCUUAAACCGACUUGUCUUCGAAAUGACUAAUGAGAAAAAAUCGAUGAAAGUGCUUGCUUCUCAGCUGAAAAAGAAAAUUGACUCCUUUAUCUUUUUUAAAAGUGCUAAAAAUACUUUGUUGGGUGUAGAAGACGAAAGCCUUGCUCAACUUUUUAAAUUCCUAGACAGCUCUUUUCAGAUUAUACAAGAAGCAGUAAUUAAUAUUUUUUCAUCUGCUGACAACGCUUUUAAACAAGAAGCUUAUCAGUCCAUAGAAAAAUAUUUAAUCGAAGCGUUCCUUACAAAUAUUUAUAACGUAAAAAAAUCAAUGCUGAAACAAAUCCCAGAAAUCAAAAGAAUUAUUGAUAAUAAGUAUACGACAUAUUCAUCAAUGAAACCUAAUGGAGGAAUAUGAAGCACAGGAGGAUACUAUUCAACGUCAUCAAGAGAAAAUGAUUAUUUUGGAGAAGUUGAUGAGCAUGGAAAUCGUCAUGGCUAUGGAAAGAUAACCUUUUGUAACGGUGACAAAUAUGAUGGACAUUGGAAAGACGAUAACAUGCAUGGAAAGGGGAUUUAUUUUUGGAAAGAAGGCGGAAGAUAUGAGGGAGAUUUUCAUGAUGGAAAAAUGCAAGGGAUUGGUAAAAGACUGUAUUGCUCAGGAAAUGUGUAUGAAGGAAGCUUUGUUAAUAAUAAAAAAGAAGGAAGAGGUGCUAUGAGAUAUAAAAGUGGAGAUCAUUAUGAGGGAGAAUGAAAAGAUGAUGAUAUGCAUGGUGAAGGAGUUUAUACUUGGAGCACUGGGGAUGUUUAUAGAGGGAGGUUUAAAGGAGAUAGAAGAGAAGGAAAAGGAACUCUCACUCUAGCGAGUGGAGAAGUGUAUGAAGCUGAGUGGAGAGAUGAUAAAAUGAAUGGUCGAAUUCCAUUUUAA